AGACGGCGAUGUCGUCGAUAAUGUGGUCCCGUUGAAGCGCAGGCGCCUUGCUCCCUUGACGUCACGGCUGCUGUGAAUGUGAUUCCACUGAGGGCGACUCGGUCUUCUCGAUGCACCGGCCUCAAUAAGACGAGGGAAGCACGGGGUUUCUGCUAGUUAAAAGUUACAUUCGGUUAUUUUUCGGUCAAAUGCGGGACGACGCCCACCCGAAGCCGUUUGUUAGCUUUCAGAGCUAAGCCUUCGCCGAUUAACUAGACUUGGUUUGCUGUUUUUCUAACCUUAAAACACUGGUGUUUUUGUUUUCCCCACUGAAGGCAGGUGGGAGAAAGCUCAAAAUGGUGAGACCAAAUUCAGGAUCUCCUCAUUCCAAACACAGAUCUUUCUCAGACAGCUACAGCAGCAUGAACCAUGAAGGGCGAUUUGGCCCCCCUUCAAGAAGCCAGCGAGGUUUUAGAGGACCUCCUGGAAAAGCCCCACCAAGUUGGAGAGAGAGCAACAGUGGUGGACCCCAGGCGUACCCCAAGAGGCCCCCACUCAUGGGUGAACGUAGAGAGCGCCAACAUGGACAAUGGAUGCCACAGAGCCAGGAUAACUUCCGUUCAUUUCAAGGCUCGCAGAAUUCACAGCGGGGCCGCAGGAGGCCUUCUCCACCCCGCUCAAGCCGCCCUCCCCCAGUCCAGCACAGGCAGUCCCCACGUGGUCCAAUACAUGGACCACCUAGCCACAGAGCACCAUUCUUUCAUGGGAAUCACAGUAGCCACGCAUCUCCAUCACGACAUUUUCGUGGACCUCCAUCAGAAAGGAGGGCUCCGUCUCCCCACAGUUCCUUUAGGGGUCCCCAGCGACGUCCAAGCCCUUCUCAGGAGCAUGGGAGAAGCUGGUGCCCUGCACCUCGGGAGAGGCCGUUUGGGCGACCAGCACUUGGGAGGCAGCACUGGAAUGGCCCAGGAGGUUACCCUCACCCCCCCAGUGGGGAGUCUAGGUUCACUGGCCUGCCUCAGAGAAAACCCAGAGAGUUUCAUGGAAGGAGUUCAUAUCCAGAGAGGUGGUCUGCAGAGAGAGAUCCACGCACACAGCAUGGAGAAGUUAGAAGGGAGUCUCGACGCCCCAGCCUGGAUUGGGCACAUGGAGGAAUGGGCAGUCCACAUUCUCGACCCCCUUACGGAUCACCUGCACGGAAACCAGGCCUACCUUCAUCAGUCAGAGGGUAUCCACCUCUGCGACCCCAGGAAAGGCUCACUGGACACCCAAUGAAGAGGAAGCGUCAAGAGUUCAGACAGCCUCCAUCAUCUGGUGGUUUUGAACAUGGACCACCGAAGCGCUUCCGCAGGGAGUUUUCAGUGAGACCUAUGCCUCUAAGGGGCUUCAGAGGUCGUGGUUUGUCCCUCAGUGAUAAGAGUCGACUGCUAAAGGCACGAAAGUUCAGGGCGGAGUCAGUGGCCAGGUUCAAACUGCCCCCACCAAGGCCAAGAAUCUCAGACAGAGUUCAGAAACCUAAGCCUCUGAUAGCACCAAAGAAUAGUGAAGAUUCUACAGGAGAUCAGCCACGCAAGGUACCCCUAAAAAAAGGUGCGAAGAUGCCAUCACCCAGAGAGUCAUCCCCCAACAUGACCUCCAAGACCGCUGAACCUGAGAGGGACAACCAAACAAAGGUGGAAUCUCGACGCUCUGUGAGCGCACACAGCUCUUCAGCAAGAGACAGGCGACUUUCACGUGAUCUUGUUGUGGUUUCCCAUUGGGAGUCAGGGCACAAACCCAGUACUAGCCCCAAGAACAGCGCAACCUGGAGGAACAGGGCCCCCAAGAACAAGACUGAAAGCUCUGAAUCUCAUGGAAAUUUAACACUAAAUGAGCGCUUCACCAAGCUACAAAGUCCUACUAGCUCGUCAAAGGAGCAGAAAGAAAGACGGCCUUCUGAAAGUCCAGAAAAAAACUUGAACAAACCUGGACCUUUUCAGAUGCCUAAUUUCUGCCCUACUGUUGGAUUGAAGAGGGGAUCUGCCCCCGAUGGAAUUUCGAGGAAACCCUUGAUGGCCUCUAUAAUGCCAAGACCACCGUUCAAUCAGAAGCCUGUCUUCAAAAAGAGUCAAAGUAUCAUGUCCAAGUACAAGAACUUGCAGACGCUGCGGCAUAAAGCACCACAUCAACGCCAAGCCACUAGCUAUCGCCGAUGGUGACCCAGAAUAGUCACCCAUGCUAUGGCAAGUUGUCCAUUGUAAGGCUCUGUAAGGAGCUUCAUACCUCCCAUUCCCUUCUGCUAAGGUGGUUAUGAACUAAUCUCUGUAAACUGCGAAGAUCACCAGUCUAUUUUUUUAUUAUUUUUUUCUUCUGUCAUAUUGUUUUGAGUUCUUAUUUUUAAUUUUUUUUUUUGGUAUUUUGUGUACCCUAGAGAGAACACACUUCUGCAGUGGUCUUUUGGAGUAAAAUGAAAAGGGUUAGGAUUACAUUUUUUGUGAUUUAUACCAUGUAAUAAGCUCUCACUUUGCUAUGAUUUUUAGCUUUGGUUAAACUUUUCCACAUCUCUUGUCAUCUUUGUUAUACAUUAGUGUCUGAAUAGCUGUUUUCUGAGAGUGAUUGUUAAAAGAAUCAUGUUAAAUGAUGCCAUUAUACUGCUUUGUAUGAUUAGCGGUCAUUUGAAUAGUGUUGAUUAGCUCUGCUCCAUGGGUUUAAAUAUUAAAGUUACCUGAAUUCUUGUUUGUGGCGCUCCUAUAACAAUGUACAUUCUUUAAAGUCAGACACUUUGAAUAAAACUGGAAGUAUCAGA